ACUUCGAAGACAAACUUGUGUUUACAAGUUACGAGAGACUAUCUUCCUUUAUGUCGUUAUUUGCGAUAAAUAGACGAUGAAGUGUGUUAUACCAGGAAUCAAUAUAAAAGUGUUUGGAAGAGCAAUUCAUUCCUUAGCAAAAAUUGGAGAAGAAUUAUAUGUAGAACCAAGUCCAAAGGGUGUUGCCUUUCGCACUGUCAAUUCAUCCCGCUCAGCCUUUGCAUCGUACACAUUCAGCUCAGGUUUCUUCUCACAAUAUGAUGAUGGAUCUCUUAACCAAGAAAAAGAUGCUGGAGAGGAAACUGUCAAAUGCAAAGUUGCCAUGAAGGCAUGCUUAAAUGUCUUCAAGUCACUGGCUACAUUAGAGCGCACUGUUGAACGGUGUAAAAUUACCUUGGAUGGUGAGGAGGACAAGCUAGGAAUCCAACUCAACUGCCGACAUGGAAUCAACAAGAUCUAUAAUCUCUCUUUCAUUGAGUGUGAGACCCUCCAGGCUGUAUUUGACAGAGAGUCUUGCCCAAACUUCAUCCAGAGCCAGUCACGAGUAUUAAGUGAUGCUGUUCUGAAUUUCCAGCUCAAUCAGGAUGAAGUUACGCUCUGUGUUUCACCUGAGAAGAUCAUUAUUAGGAACUAUGUCGAAGAUGAACCAGGUAUACAGUGUUGUGAAGUGUUAGCUUACCUUGUUUAGGAAGGGGUUGGGGGCAAUGUCUUAUGUUAUGUGUAAAUUUGAUAGUUAUACAGGGCAUUUAGCAUAUACUCUACAUACCUACAUUAUUGAGAUGUCAAU